AUGGGAGAGGAUUCCGAGAUUCGGUAUGUUCAUUAUCGUCAUCGUGAGGGUAUGAAAGAGAUUCACGUUCUGGUAUCCAUUACUUCUGAUGUUCCGGUGACGAGCUGCUGGCUGGAAAGUCCGACGGAUCGGGUUCAUUUGAGAAGACCUACGGAUCAUUCGGAAUUGUAUUCCGUAUCGGAUACCCUGGAGUACGAGGGAACGGUAGAAGACUACGACCACGGACUUUAG